GCGUAUGCGCGAUACUGGUAGCGUGGGAGGUAAUACUGGCGAAGGAAUACAGCUACAGAUUCAGGGUCUGGCUACAACGCCUUCUGUCACCAAUCCAUCGGCUGUUGGGAACAUAAACAACCGAUCAUUAAUAGCUGAUCAGCUGCAAAUACAGAACAUAGCCUCACCCGGCAGCGAUCACUCGAAUGCAUCCUCCACGUCCCUGGCGAGUAACAGCAACGGAGGAGGAGGUGUUACAAAUGUCGGCCUGAAUGGUGGCAACAAUGGUAGCAAUAUUAUCUUCAACACCAUGUCCGGCUUGAGCGCACUGCUUUCCAAUAGUUCAGCUUCAUCGAUGGUAUCCGGGGCCCCUACUCAAUCAAUUUCCCUUGGCAACGAUGGAACCACAGCGGUAGUUGGUUUAAGCCCAGCGAGCAGCAACAGUAGCAAUGGCGCCGGUGGUGGGCUAGCAGGUAGUGGCGGUGCAGCCGUCCUCGGCAGUGGCAGUAAUAAUAACACUAACUCAGCAUUAAUCGAAAGACUGACUUCAUCUAGUAGCAUAAACCUUACCAAUAGUAGUAACCUACCGUCAACAAGCCCUGGGUUGCAGUUCACCAUACCAUCGCCGAAAACGCCACAGCAGCAGUCGCAAUCUUCACAAGCCCAUUUGCAAAUACAAUCACCUGCCAGCUCGAUAUCGCCACUUUCUAGUCCACCGCCACAGGUUACCAUCCUACCGUCGCCGCAAUCGCAGCAGCAGCAACAGUCACAGCAGCAAACACAACAGUCUCAAAACCACGCGCAAGUGACUACUGGAUCCCAGCAACAACCAACUACGGUUAACUUGCAGGGACUCAACUUUACCAGUCUUCACGGUGCGAUGGCGUCAAUUCCAGGACUGCAAAACGUUCAGGUUCAAAUUCCCGGACUUCCACAACCGAUUUCGCUGGCUCUUUCGUCUACACCGUCAGGAACGACAACGGGUGUGUUAAAUAACUCUGCGAACAACAGCGCAGGCCAGACGACUAGCCUACUUGUGUCCGUUCCCGUGACCAACACCACACAGGCUGCUGUAAACACCAUCAACGCCGGUGCUAACAAUACCAUGUUGUCUGGUAACUCGCAAACGACACAAACGGUCGUUUUGACGAAUCCACAAACAAGUGGCUCCAGUCUACUCACUCUACCCAUUGCUCAAUUUGUCACGUCCGGCAUGAAGGGAAUUGGUCAGCAAAGCAUACGAACCGGUGGACCACUAACGGUGAAUGCCGGUCAACCGGGUCAACAGAUACAGCUACUGAACAUCAGUCAACGGCCUAGGGCGGGCCAGCUACCGGUAACCGUAAGUGGUGCAGGGACAUCGCCCAUUAUGACCAAGCAGCUGGCCGCUCGCGUUGCCCAACACCGCCAACAGCUGGCAACUGCUGGCGGGUCUACACUUAAAAUAUCAACACCCAUUUCCGGUUCACAUCACGGCGGCCAACUGAGUAAUGCUCUUAAUGUUGCUUCAAACACCACACCGAAUCAGCUCGUCAUGGCUACGAAGCAGCUACAACUGAAGAUUCAACAACAGCAACAUCAUCAUCAGUUGCAGCAACAGCAGCAACAACAGCAGCAAAUUAUAACCGGAGCCAGUAACCAAUCAACGGCUGGCGGAAGUAAUACCACUCAAAUCCACAUCCAACAACCCCAACAAAUCCUAGCGCAACAGGUAUCGCAGCAAGCGCAAUCACAGGCCACUCAACAAAUCAAUAUCAUCAGCAAUAGCGUGGUGACACCUCUUUCCCUGUCCAGUCCGGUUGCUGUAGCAACGACCAAUACGCCGCAGCAAACACACCAGAACAUUGGUUCGCUGGCAGCGCCAGUCGCGGCGGCAUCUGCAGGCAAGCAUAGAAAACGAUCUGGAGCGGAUCUUAAUAAGUAGAAGUGAACGUUUUCAAGCAAACCUGCAGGAAUGGACAACAGAUAUAUGCUGGUGCCAGUGUGGUGUUAAUCACAGGAGAAGCGAACACUGCUACUAAUGUUACUAUACUAUCAUUACUAUCACACCUUCCUUUUUCUUAUUCAAUGUUAUCAUUAGCCGCCGUGACAGUGAACCAUAACGUAACAGAAAGGUUUGAAAGUGUAGGUCUGUCCUUUUUUGGCCCGAAGGCUGACGCACAAAGUGUUUGGUAAAGCAACAAAGAACAGUUUUGCUUGAAGUUCUUGAAGUUAAAGUUAUUCAAAAUAACUAUUCAAUCCCGCUAAUGUCGCCCGAAACGAUUGUUAGAAGAGAGAUGCUCCGGUAGGUUUUUUUAAAGUUGUGCUUCAUUGACAGUCAACCGCGGUUUAAACCAUUAGCCGGGAGAAACAAGUAGUGUGCGAACGGAAAUGAGUUUUAAAGAGGUGUUCAGUAGUGUACAGCUACCGUAUUGAGCAAACCAUUCGAUAGUACCUUUUGUUUUUUAAGAUUUUUAGUUAAUAAAAACUAUGCGUACAUGUAUAUGCACGACUCUGCGUACAUAGUUUUGUGAGGAAUUUGAUCUGACUGGUUACAUUUCCGUGGUUUUCUAAUUGUUUUACCUAAAACCAAAGCCCUUAGCUUGAGUCCAUGUUUUAUAUUUUUGUUUUCAAAAUUACAAAUUAGUAAAUUUGUGUUAAUCCGUGAAAACCGUGCGGACGCGAAUUACGUUUGUCGUGGAAAUGAAAAAUUUAACUAAAACGAGCACAUCAUCAUACGGUUUAGGUGCAUAAAACAAUAGUUCGUCAACAAUAAAACCGUUCGUCGAGAUUGAAAAUUGGCAAGCUUUAUGAUGGAGAGCACAACAUAAAAGGAUGUUGAAUGUUUUUUGGUUUGGCCGCCUUCAAACAUUCAACUAGUCUGUUGGUAGAAAUAGUAGAAACCUAUGUCGAAGGUGGUUCGAUUGUCCGCACGACGGUCCGACCAAGCCGCGGAAGCAUUCGUCAUGAAAGUGGAAAAGAUUGCUACGUGUCUCUUAUUAAAAUAUAGAUCGCGCGAUUAGGACAUGCAGACAUAUAAAUGUUGAUAUUACUAAAUUAGGUACGAGUUAGUGUGGAAUCUUACUAAGUGAAACCACCAGAACAUGAAGUCCUUGCGUUGGAAGAUAAAGCUGUUUCUUGCGAAACAUGGCACCGUUCUUGUCAUCUGGAGUAGGUGAGGCAGAGUAGACUAGGAGCCAAUUGGAACACAUUUUAGUUAGUGACUACUGUGGGCUGGAGAAGAAAUCCACAUCUACUGCAGUAAAAAAGAAAGACGCUCCCGUGUGCACCAGACGUAUGUUUGCGUAUAGCUUUAAAGACAUUCUUUGGUUUCUGAAAUUAAUUGCAAAAAUGUUUGCAAAACUCUAUAAGGUGGCGGCGACUAUCCGCUGCCAACCCGCGUCCCUUUCACCUAGCUUAUGCGUUACGUCUCGAAAGAUUCGUGGUAUGUACAGCGUAGUAGAAGAUCAGUUAGAGGGGAAGACUGAAAAGUUAGCAGCUGAUUUACAUUAUUUUUCUGUAAAUAAAUUCUGAAUUAUCGCAGCGAGUUGUAGUAUUCGUAGCUAUUGGGGCAGAAUGGUUCGUGAACCUUACCUUUGGUUGACCAUCUAUUUUCCGUUUUCUUUCGAAUGUAAACGCUUAUGAACAGCCUGGCUGAGUUCUUUCCACAUCCGUGCGUUCUGUGGCAAAAAUGGCGCGUUGGAAAUGUUUGUUAGUCAGUCUUCGUGUUCCGAUUUACAGUGUUGCAGGGCAUGAUAGAUAACCGUUGCCCAAAAGUUGACCGGCCGCAACAUAAUUUGCAAACUAAUUCUACCAUCAUCACACAACUCUCAACUAGAAAGUAGCGGAAACCGGCAAACUAGACCCUAAAGAAUGCUUAACAAAGUGUGCUGGUUGUGAGGGAUUGGCCAGAGUGGGUUGGAAUGAUAGAAAGAACUGGGUAUAAUUCGUCUCGUCUAGAACCAGGCUUCCAAAAGGUUGAAAUAGCGUCGGAAAUGAAUAGCAACGCAAAGUGAAAUGCAAUGAUGUAGGAUAGGUAGGAUGCCAAGCAGCAAGCUGAUUGAACUAACGUAUAGAGUAAGACAGAAAUCGUAUAAACUUUUGCCAUUAGCAAUGAGCAAUGAUAUUGAAUUAAACUCUGCUGCUGUAACGGUGCAACAACUUCGCCCUAGCCUCCAGCAGUACUCAUUCUUUUUCGUCUACCGGUGGAAAGCCGGUGUGUAUGUAUAUGGCCGUUACAAA